CCCACUGCUACAAAGUAACAGUUUAACUUUUUUCAGACUGCAGAGAGACUUCCACACACUCGUUAACUGUUGAAGCAACUUUUCCUUUCCAUGUCAUCAUGCGUUGGACUCUAGCUGGAUUCUGUGGGUUUGUGCUGAUAAGUAUAUCAGUCGCCCUGCAGAUCCACCAGAAACCCAGGUUCUAUGGAUUAAGACCUUGUAGGAAUGUGCCUAUUUACUGCAAGUCCUCAAAUCAAUCUCUGGACAGCAACGUGGAGUGGCACAAGGCCGACAGAUAUGACACAGACAAGAAAAAGAUUGAACAUAAUGAAAGGAUUCAGUUUAAAAGCCAAGAUAAGAUCCAACACGCUUUACUUUACUUCAAUGAACUCAAAGUAGAAGACAGCGGAGUGUACUUCUGCUCAAUAGAAGGCACUUAUGGACCUGGAACUCAAGUUCAAGUAGUUCGACCCCUUGACCUUACCAACGCCCAAUACAGAACCCAGAUGAAAGAUGGCCUUAUUGUACUGCAGGGCUUGCUGUUGGCUGUUUGUAUCGGUGCUUAUCUGCUACGUAAACAAAAACUGGCGAAAGAUAGUGACAGCUUAUAUGAAGAACCUGAAGCCGACCACAUCUAUGAGGGGUUAGCCAUUGAGACAUGUGGAGAAGGUCUGUAUGAAGAUCUCACUGCAUAUGCUCAGCCUGAAGGAGCCGAGGCCCCGUGGGAGUGAGACCAACACCUCCUUCAGCCCCAUAGAUAUGGAGCUCAUGUUCAUAAUUGUCAGUUGUGCAGUAAAAAUAGCAAGCAGUCAUUGUUACCCCCCUUUUGGGUGUGAAUAUGUUUGUGUUUUACCUAGAAUGGUGCCGUUUUUCUUGCCAAAGCAGUUUAUUCCUAAGUUUUCCAGCUUUUGGCCCUCAAAAACACAGCAACUGACAGUUGUGACCCACCUUUUCCUGCAGGACAUAAUUAAAAUGACAUGAAAACAAUUCAAAUAACAGCAAAGAACCAUCAGCAGUGGUUGUCGCAUGAAUGAUGCCCCUUGGUGGUUUUCAAGAUCUGUUUAGAAUAGGAAUAUUAUGUUAAGGUUUGAAAUGUUAUGGAUCAGUGAUGAUCAAAUGCAGUCCAGAGGUUUUUACAAAACAGUGACAUAGCCUUUUUAUUAAUGACUUGGACGCUGCAAACUCAGGUGCAAACAUCAGCUUAAUUAGCUAUCCAUGUUGUACAGCAAUAUAAUAUUUUUCACAUUGCUCCCUCUGCGCAUAUCACCGGCAGAUGUCCAUCGACCAAGGAAUUGACAAUAAGCAAUAAAAAUCUCAUUCUGCUUUUUUUUCCCUAAUGCUGGCAGUCCUGCCUGGGUGGUGAGCCACUGCCAUAUUUGCAUACAGUACCUUUUCAUCUCUUGUAACAGUUCUGGAGAAAAAAAAUGUGCAUUCUUAAAUUAAUUUGAUUUCUGAAGUUCAUCUCAAGACUGCCUGUUUUGUGGGGCCCCCACCCCCAACUAUUAGAAUCACUGUGCUAAAGCAUGAUUUUCUAAAGAUUGCUUAUCAUUGUUGUUUGAUGUUUGUGCUCUUAAUUUUAUACUUUUUAGUAUUGUUUGUGUAAUAGAUUGAUGUAAAAUUUCAGCAGAUUGUUUUGGUGCUUUGAUGAGUUAUCAUAUAAACUGUGUUGUAUCUAAUUUUGUGACCCUUUUGCCUCAAGGUAGAAGCUUGAAUAUCCAUUAGAGCCUUUGCGAGGCUAACUUCUAUUCAAAAUCAUACAAUCUGUAACAGUAAACAGACUUCAGGUUGCUUUAGAGGGUGAUUUUUAUUGUUUUUAAAUAAAAUAAAUAAAAAAUG